CUCCCAGUCUUAUAGCUGAUGCAGAUAGCCUGAUUUAAUGCGGAGAAGUCAUAGGACUGUCGACCACGAUGGACAACCUGCCGACUCUCACCAUCCGUGUGCGCAUGUCAUUCCUCUUAGUCAGCACUGACGUCACGAGUUCUCGUGCUGCGUCGCGCUCAGGGCUGAUGCGCUCCGUGUGUCCAGAGACACCCACUACCACCCAGUGGUGUCCAGAGCGCUUGGCGCUGCAUUUGGCCCUGAGUACAGUGUAUACGGCUCUGUUCGUCGACAAUAACAACAUUGCUACUGCCUCUGGAGAGUCGUCUGCUCGCCUCUCGCUCGAAUAGGUCGCCAAGCUUUGUGGCCGCCCUUUCACCGCUGUAUGAAUCACUUUGCCCCCGUCGCGACUAGCACAUACACCAUUGCCUACUGGAUCUCUUUGCCAAGUCAACGACUGUGUCGGCCGCAUUGCCUUCGUCACGUGUACCGCUGUUAUCGGUAAGAUCAGUAGCGGUCAUCAUCCCUCCUUUACCAAUAACAGCUCAGACAGGUGCCAAAAGUCCCCAGCGCCGAUUGCCUCGCUAUUCCCUGUACCUCAAAUCUCCUUGCUCUCACUGUCAUGCCACGCCAAACGCCAACGAUGAGGCAACAUUGGCAGAAAUCUCGUAACCCCAGGAAAUGAAGCUAUCAACUGCCCACGGGAGGUAUGGAGGGUAUGCUUCCCUGUUUCGCCGCUUCUACAUGCUUCGAAAAUCCUGACGAAGUUACAGGCUGCUCUGAACACGACUUGUUGGUGCCGAGUACAUGAAUCUAGGGCGUUACGCUGCAUUUUGAGCUGCCGAAUCAAUAGACACAAAAUGGUAAGCACAUAUCUCAGUUCAAUUCGCCGUACGGUUGAGAACAGCCUUCAUUCACUGUGGAAGGACGAGUUACGAGCUCAUUCAAUGUGACGCAGCCCAAGGCUCCGGUCUGCUUUCCUGAUCUUACGCGGUUUCUGCGUGCACUGUAUUAGCACCGCUGGCGAUUAUGCAGGACGAAGAGAAGUUGCUGGUCACCAGGGUAGCUGGAUAGGAGUCACGACUUGGGGCAGACCGCGCUUUGUAGGGGGUUGGAUCUUGGCUUGUGGGUACGGGGAGCAGUAACGACGAAUUGCGGUGCCAUGCUAUGCGCUGGUACUCGGACCGCACAUCCUGAGUCCAUAGGCCCAGCCCGGUUCCAAUGCCGGCACAUCAGAUCCUGACGUUAUUGGAACUGCACCGGAACUCUUCGCCCUAACACAUCAGCUUCCCAGGCGUAAGCGUUGUGAUGGUACGGCCCUCAUUAUACAGACUUCGGUAAGUGCACAAAAUUUGCAGUGCCGCGCAGGUCUUGUGUUCCGAGUUCAGUCUAUUUACCUCGGUUUCUUAAUUAGAGUUAAUUCAGUGGCGAUAUAUGGCGUCCUCAUACGCACGAUGCGCGAGGGUUCGGACCGCCACGUCCCAUGGCGCUCAUCCUCAUUCCCGGUCAGUUUGUCGGUGUCGCUUGGUCAGCUAUUAUUCGAUAUAACAUGGCAUAUUGAC